AUGUCUCAUGCCUAUGCGCUCUUCUCUGCUUCUCAGACCUCCGACGUUUUCCUGUGGAACGUCAUGAUCCGAGGCUUCACAGAGAAUGGACUCUACGAUCGGUCCAUCCUUCUCUACCGGCAGAUGCUUGAAACGGGCGUUGCACCCGAUAAUUUCACGUUCCCGUUCGUUCUCAAAGCGUGUGGGCAUCUUCGUGAUGUUCAAUUUGGGGAGGAGGUUCACAGGGACGUGAUGGAAUUUGGAUAUGAAUCGGAUAUCUUUAUGGGUAAUUCUCUUAUAACCAUGUAUGGCAAAUGUGGGCGCUUUGAGAUUUCCCGGAAGGUAUUUGAUGGAAUGCCUCACAAAAACGUGGUUUCAUGGAGUUCAAUGAUAGGCGCUUAUGCAAACAAUGGUCGUCAUUAUGAAGGCCUGUCUCUGUUUUAUAGGAUGUUAGAUGAGAGGAUUAAACCCAAUCGAAUUACAAUAUUAAAUGCUGUACAAUGUGUUCAUAGAGAGAAUGAAGCAAAUGCAGUCUGUAGAACUAUAGUAGAUAAUGGUCUUGACUUGGAUCAGUCUGUUCAAAGUGCAGCAGUAGGUAUGUACGCUAGGUGUGGAAGAAUUGAUGUUGCUCGGAGAUUCUUUGAUGGGAUUCUUGACAAGGAUUUGGUGUCUUGGAGUUCAAUGGUUGAAGCUUAUGUGCAAGCCAAUUUGCCUGCAGAAGCUUUAGAACUCUUCAGACAGAUGAUAUUAUGGAAAAAUCGCCCUGAUUUUGUGACCCUACUUAGUGUUGUUCGUGCUUUUGCAAAUUUAUCCUCUCUGCAUCAAGCACGUUUUAUUCAUGGGUUCAUUAUUCGUGCCUCCUUAAACUACAACAUACUAAUAGAAACUGCUAUAAUUGAUCUAUAUGCAAAAUGUGGGAGCUUGAACUAUGCCAGAAAAGUUUUUGAUAGGAUGCAGGAAAGAAACCUAGUUUCCUGGAGCACCAUGAUAUCAGGAUAUGGAAUGCAUGGCUAUGGAAGAGAAGCACUUGAUCUCUUUAAUCAGAUGAAAGAUUCAGCAAAGCCAGACCAUAUCACAUUUGUCUCAGUUUUAUCUGCCUGCAGUCAUGCUGGCCUGAUUGCUGAAGGAUGGAGGUGCUUUAAUUCGAUGGCCAAGGAUUUUGGGGUUACGCCAAGAUCGGAGCAUUAUGCUUGUAUGGUUGAUCUCUUGGGCCGAGCUGGGCAGCUAAGUGAAGCUCAAGAGUUUAUUGAGAGUAUGCCAAUAAAGCCAGAUUCAGGCGUAUGGGGUGCUUUACUGGGAGCAUGUAGAAUCCAUUUAAAUGUGGAGCUUGCUGAAUUGGCAGCUAAAUCUUUGUUUGAAUUGGACUCAGAAAACCCUGGCCGUUAUGUUCUGUUAUACAACAUUUACAUCUCUUCAGGCAAGAGAGAAGAAGCCAAUCAGAUUAGAACCCUUAUGAAACGUAGAGGGGUGAGGAAAACCACUGGUCACACCGUUGUAGAAUUGAAAAACAAAGUGUACAAGUUUGUAGCAGGAGAUAAAUCAAAUCCACAAACAGAUGUGAUCUAUGCAGAAUUGGAGAGAUUGAUGGAAAGGAUUAGACAAGAAGGAUACGUGCCGGAUACAAACUUUGUAUUGCAUGAUGUUGAGGAAGAGACAAAGGAGAAAAUGUUGUCCGUACAUAGUGAGAAAUUAGCAAUUGCUUUUGGUCUAUUGAAUUCGACACCUGGGAGUAUGAUCAGAAUCAAGAAGAACCUAAGAGUAUGUGGAGAUUGCCAUACUGCUACAAAAUUUAUCUCUAAGGUUACAGAAAGAGAAUUUCUUGUGCGAGAUGCUCAUAGAUUUCAUCAUUUCAAAAGUGGAGUAUGUUCUUGUGGAGAUUAUUGGUGA